GCAAGCGUCCAAAGAAAUCAUUGAAGGCAUCCGACGGAAACGAAGCACAUCGAUUGUGUCAUGCCAAGAUGACGACGCGCAGGACAAGAUUGAUGCAGAGGAAGCUAGGUGGCGGAUUCCUGCCAGCUUCUUCUACGACCCGAGCACUCCAGAGCUUAACCAGCCUCUGGAGGAUCGGGAGCUGCCGCGACAAGGGACACGAGCAGCUCGUUUCAUGGGCUAUGACUUCAGCCGGGUUAACAACGCAGUAUGGACCUCAAACGAGGAGUUUGCGUAUAUCACCGGCCACGUAGUUUGCUUCAUGAACAUCCAUACGCGGCAAAGACGCUUCCUUCAUGGUCGUGACAACGGCGGCAUCGGCGCUGUAGCGAUGUCUCCGGACAUGACGUACUUUGCAGUGGCUGAGAGAAGCAUUACUUCUCAGCCAAAUGUGUACAUCUACUCGUUCAAAACGAUGAGGUUAUACCGCAUUUUGCGAAAAGGCACAAUGCGGGGCUACGCCUCAGUGGCGUUCUCCCCUCACAACAAGAACCACUUGGCGGCACUUGGCUGCGCCCCAGACUACUUGCUGUCAGUUUGGGACUGGCGGAAUGAGCGGCUGCUGCUGAAAUGCAAAGCCUAUGGCCAGGACGUGUUCAGCAUCCGGUGGGGCCAGUUCCCGGGUAUGCUGACAUCCGUAGGGGUUGGCCAUAUCCGGUUCUGGAAAAUGGCGACAACCUUCACUGGGUUGAAGCUGCAGGGAGCGUUGGGAAAGUUUGGUGCUAGCGAGCUUUCCGAUAUCUCCGGUUUCGUGGAACUGCCGGAUGGCAAAAUCGUCUCCGGAACCGAGUACGGAAAGCUGCUUGUGUGGGAGGGGGUGUUCGUCAAGGUGGAGCUCAUGCGUUCCAAGGAUGGCAGCACACUUCAAGAUGCGCCCACCAGCCUUGCGGGGAGCCCUCAUACCGGCGCCAUCGAUGUCAUCCUCAUUGACAAGGAAAAUGGGCUGGUGAUCUCUGGCGGUGAUGACGGCUUCCUCCGAUGGUGGCCCAUUGACGAGAUCGACAGCGCUGAGGCGGACUAUGACAAUGGGAUCCUGGAGUAUGGUAUCCGUAUGCGCAAAGAGGUGCGCAUUCCCGUGAGUACUGAGCAGCACAUCUACCCGGCCCACAUUCAGCACGUGACCGUCUGCCAUGACGAAGUCACCUGGCUGAUCCAGGAUUCCCGAAAUGGAAUGAUUUGGCUGUACGACAUCAUGAGCUCAAAUUGCCAGAUGGUCUUCAGCUGCCACAGCAAGCAGGUGACGGGCACGAUCGCCUCCUCCGCCUACGGGGGGCUGGUCAUGUCCUGUGGCAUGGAUGGUACGGUGCGUGCCUUCAACGUCUCCCAGGCCUGGGACAACGAGCUGUUCCGGGAUGCUCGACCUCUCGCCAAUGCAGGGGUCGGUGCUACAUGUAUGGAUGCCACGCCAGAGCUUGUUGACCCAUCCAAGCGGACGGUCUGCGUUGGCUAUACAGACGGCACGAUUCGAGCUUUCACUGCCUGCGCUGAUGGCUUUCUGCAGCUUCAGGCUCUGAAGCCGCACAAGUGCAUGGUCAAGCAGCUCAAGUACAGUGGGGAGGAUGCCGGCCUGCUAGCCACGCUUGGAGAGGACAACUCCGUGUUCUUCUUCCAGGUGCAGAUGCUCUCAGAGCACGCUAUUCCUGUGGGUUUCGUGUCAAUCCCGGCGGCCGUGAAUUUCUUCGCCUGGGACGACCUCUCAGGCCACGUGCUCCUCAGCUUGGGUGAUGGAUCUCUUCUGGUGCUAAAGAGCCCGGUGCCAGAGAACGUUGACAACACGGAGUCGUACGACAUCUCUGUGAACUACAUCUCUGUCAUGCCUGAUGUGCCCGAGAUUGAAGAUUCGGACGAGGAGGAAGAGGAGGAAGAGGAGGAGGGCGAAGAGGGUGCCGAGGGCGGCGAGGAUGGCGAGGCUUCGCCAACGGCUGCCGAGGAGCCUGCCGGAGAAACAGAGGCGGAGGCCGAUGUGGAUGAAGACGGCAAGAGAAAGAAGAAGAAAAAGAAGAAGGAGAAGGAGGAGAAAGCAAAGGACGAUGACGAGGACGGUGAGCAUCAGAAGGAGGUGGUCGUGACAGCGGUGUCUCGCGCGAUCUACAUUCCCAGCGAAGGUGAUGACAACGAGCGACGCAUCAUCUUCACAGGGACGGGCAAGUACACUGGCGCCCUGUGGGAGUGCUCCCUCUUUGGCAUCCAGGAGCAGAGACGAAUGCCGCCGAGGCAGGAGGGCUUCUUCAGGGUGCCCCUGACACAGCGUGUUUCAGCGCCGCUGGGCUGCAUGCUGCGGGCGAAGCUGCCGAAGAACGUAAACGCACCCGUGACCCACUUGUCUCUCUCCCCUGCGGGCAACUGGAUCAUCGUUGGUUUUGCCGAUGGGCGGAUUUGGCUUGUUCCGCGGAUACACGGCGGUUGCUUCCUCUGUGCCAACGUCUCUGACGGCAUUAGUGGCGCGGUGAACUCGGUUCAGAUGGUCGACGACGAAACCAUGAUGGUUGUGGCGGCCGGAGAUGGCUCGCUGGUGACGCUUCUUGUCAGUGAGGGGCUGAUUCCCCUGGCACAAGCAAAGGCAGAGGGAGUGGAGGUUAACAUGGAAGAGGCUGCCGCUGAGCUGGAGGCUUCUUUCCCCGAGCUCCCAGAGAUGUCCAUGGAAGGCUGGGGGCUUCCGCCGAAGGAGGCUCCAGGAGUUGUGGCUAUCAACCCUGACAUCACCGACCCUGAGCAGUAUUCCAUCCAGGAUGCGAAGCUCAAGGCCGAGGAGGACAGCGCCAAGGCUGCUGCUGAGCUGAAGAAGCUGCGUGUCCGCGAGCGAAUUAGCGAGAUCCGGGAAGAGCUCGUUGACCUUCAGGCAAAGAACAGCCAGCUCACAGAAGCCCAGCUACUCGGAGCAGACAUGGUGGUGGAUCAAGAGUACAUCAACCAUUUGAAGGAGGACAUGGAGAAUCAGAUUGAGCAGGUACGAUUUGAGCUCGCGUGGUCGGUUGAGUUUCAUGAGCGUGGGUUGCAGAAGCUCAAAGACUACUACCUCAAAAGAGUGGACUUUGAGCGGGUGGAGGUCCUGGGCUUCCAGUCUCCCCACCGCGUCUCCACCUUCCGCUGCUCGACGAUGUCCGAUGAGCUGCAGUCCAACCUCGCCAGGCUUCACGAGCUCAUCUUUGCAGCAGAGGGCGAAGCAGACCUCGAGGAGGAAGAUGACGAGAACGACGGCGGUGGUUUUGAAGGUGCCAAGACUGAGUUCGGCUUCGACGUCACAGAUGCGUCAGGUACACAGAACGCUGAACGCACCUUAUCAGGCGCAGAGCAGCGCGAGCUACGCCGCCAGCAGAGGCUGCAGCGCAAAGCACAGAUCCAGGAGCUUGAGCGCGCGAAGCCAAACGAGCAAUACGAGGCUCCUGAAGAUGUUGAGGCUAUCGCCAAUGCGGAGGCGACACUGGGAAAUUACAUGCUGAAGACCAGUGAGGACUACCAGGUGCCAGAGAAUCAGCGAAUGAAUGCCGAGAAGAAGCGGCGGCAGAUGUUCCUGCUUGAGGAGUCUAUCCAUGCCAUUAAGACCGAGUUCAACCAGCGAGUGCUAGCCCUACGCGAUUUUCGGCAGCAGGUCCGUGCUGAGGUUGAGAGGGACCUGAUGGCGCUUGCGGAAAUCGAUGAGCAGCUAGGCACGAAGACAGACUGGGUCGCUGGCAUCGUGGACAAUCCACAAGGUGCGCCGCCAGAGUUCCCGGAGAAGCGAUUCGAGUUCACCGACAGCGACAUCCAGGCUUUUGCAAGCCACCUCCGGGGUGAGAAGCCCGAGGAGCCUAGCGCCGCCGCAGAGGAGAAUGAGGACUUCCAAGAGGAGGAGGAGGCAGAGGAGGAGGUCUAUGCCGAGAUCGAAGAGGAAGAAGGCGAGGACGAGGAGGGCGGAGCCACAGAAGAAGCUGACGUGGAAGGCGGAGCCAUGGCCUCCAGCGGCGGGGCUUCCUCCAAACUGACAUCUAAAGGAUAUCAGGCCAGCAGGAAAGCAGAUCAACUGAAAGGUGCCAAGCCACCACAGGGCAUUGAUGGGACGAUGUGUCUUACCGGACCCAGCGACCUGAAGGUGGCCUUUGAGAUGUUGGAUGCCAAGAAAGAAGGAGUGCUUGGCAAAAAGCAGGCACGGGAUUUCCUGCGUUGUGCUGGGUGGUGCAUACCGGAUGGGGAGCUCGAUGUGAUGCUCAUGAAUCAGUUGAAAACGAGUGCAAAGCAGGGGGUGACGGCUGAAAGAACAAAAUGGAACUUGCGGAUGCUUAUGGAUCUGCUGGAAGCAAACCAAGAGCGUGACAAUGCCAGCUUGGUCUCCGUGCAGCAGGCUUUGAGAAAGCUUGCAAACAAUCGUGCGAAAAUCAGUAAGGACCGUCUUUUGGAGUUUGUGUCCCAAGAGCAAGAUCUCUCGGAAUCGGACAUUGAUCAGGUUCUGGGAGCGGUCGGCAUGAGUGGUGCCAAGUUGCUGGAUUGUGAGCAGCUGGCUGCCCGAUUGUUGGACCGGAUCUGUAACCCGCCUUCUGUCUUGGAGAUGCACGAACUGGCGGUGGCCACGGAGUCGCAAGCACGGCUCCGUCAUGACAAGGGCCAGCUUGAGGAGCAUGUACGGCAGGUCAUCGACACAUUCAACAUGGCUGUGGCUUCCAUCGAGAAAGAGAAGGCCAAGCUGGAGAGUGACCUCAAGAAUGCUGACAUGAAGCUCCUGGUGCUCUACGAGGAGCUCCUGACUUUGAAUGACCUCGAAGAGAAGGAUGAGGCACUCUUGAAGAAGGCGACAAAGUGCCGGCAAGAUAAGACGAGCAUCAUGCACCAGAUCAAGGAGUGCCAAGACCAACUAAGCGAGAAGAAGGCUGAGAUUGAGGAGUGGCACACCCAGGAGCAGAACCUCCAGGCAGAAUUCACCGAUCUGGUGGGUGAAAACUCGCCCUUCCUGAGCGCCCUCUUGAAGGUCUACAAGAAGAAGGUGAAAAGGUCCAAGCGGAAGAAAGGCAUGGGGGAGGAAGAAGAGAUGGAUGAGGAUGAGGAAGAUGAGGAUGACGAGGGAAGCGACAUUGAAAGCGACGAGGACGAAGACAUGGAGGAUGAUGACGUCGGGCCGCCACAGGGAUGUGACCAUCAGAUCUACGAGAGUGUCAUAGACCUUCGAGACAAGCGGCUCGAGAUGGAAGACGCUCUUCAGGAGAUCCAGAAAGCUGUGGAGGGGCUCAAGAACACCCACAAGCGACUGGGUGAAGAUGAGCAGCGGAUCGACAAGGAGCAGAGGAGGACUGAUGCAGAGAUCCAGCAGUUUCAGACAGACAAGCAGCGGAAGCUCAACCAGGUACCCAUCGUUUUCGCGCUGCGCUUGUCGCAGGUUCAGUGCCUGUCUUCUGCGGAUCAACCGGAUGAGCAGGAGCGCCUCCCUUCUGAGUUGGGUCAGCAGGUCAUUUUCACCAAUGAGGGCCUGGACCGCCUGAUGACUCGCAUCACCGAGCUGCAUCAGGAGAUUAAGGAGGUCAAGGCAAGGCACAAGCAGCUUCAGCGCGACUUCCGCGUGCGCAAGAAGGAGAAGAGCGUGGCCUUGCAGCACAUCGAGGAUCUCCACGCGAAGUUCCAGGACAUCCAGAUGCUCAAAUUUGGGCAGAUCGUCGACCUGGAUCUGAUUGAGCGGAGUGCUCCGAACAAGUAUGUUCAGGAGCUGCAGGAGAAGGUCCUGCAGGCCGAAGCAGAGCACCGGCGGCGCAUCGCUGACUGGGAGAAGAGGAUGGAGAAGCAGAAGAAGGAGCUGACGAAGAUCACCUGCGACAAUACGUCGCUCAUGGAGCAGAUCGUCAGCAUGGGCUACUCGCAAAUGCAGCUGGAUGCAGCGCUGAAUGCCAGAAUAGCCAAUGUUACGGUGAACGACAACGAGCCGUUGAAUGAACUUCGGCGGAUGGAGCGUGAGAGAUGCAAAGAUCUUCUGGCGCUUCAGACCAAAGAGAUUGCAACCUUACAGGCAGAGAUCAACCUCUUCCGAAAGAAGGGUGGGCACAUCUAUACCACCGUCACAGCAAAUCGUGCCUGA